AUGUCUGCUCUGUCCGACUUUUUGAAGCAACCAAAUUUGCUUCAAGUGACGGACGGCGGACCGCUGGUCGACGGAACCGAUGGGGUCGCCGGGACGAGAGUUGUCGGAAGUGUUGCCGAGGCGAGACAACUCCGUGGUGCUGACGUGCUGACCGAGGAGGUCGAGUACGCAAUAAUCCAAGUACAGGAGACGGAACUGCUCGCCGAAGUGUGCAAUACGGUGUUCGAUGUGAUGAAACAGAACGGAGAAGUCGCCGUCUUCUCCCAAGAUCUCGUCACCGCGUCUCGCAAACUUCGUAUCGCUGGAUUCCGUGUUCCGACGACGGCUACCGAGUGGCCGGUUCGUGGUGUCAAAAUGGUGAAUUUCGGAGAUAAAGUCGCGUUGGAUCUCGGAACCGCCGCCGCCACCAUCGACGAGGACCUCAUCGAUGAGGAUGGACUUCUUCAGGAGGAGGAUUUCGAGAAACCAACUGGAGAUCAGUUGAAGGCCGGAGGAUGUGGACCAGAUGAUCCGAAUAAGAAGAAACGGGCAUGCAAGAACUGCAAUUGUGGACUCGCCGAGCAGGAGGAGGCCGAGAAAAUGGGCAAAAUUGCCGAGGCGCCGAAGAGUAGCUGCGGAAAUUGUGCUCUCGGAGACGCAUUCCGUUGUGCCACGUGCCCAUACCUCGGACAACCACCAUUCAAACCUGGCGAGACUGUCAAACUCUCCACUGUCGACGACUUCUAA